AUGGAGAUCAGCACAAGCGUUCUAUCUACUCCAGAGCAGGAGAUAGAUCUAUCUACUCCAGAGCAGGAGAUAGAUCUAUCUACUCCAGGGCAGGAGAUAGAUCUAUCUACUCUAGAGCAGGAGAUAGAUCUAUCUACUCCAGAACAGGAGAUAGAUCUAUCUACUCCAGAGCAGGAGAUAGAUCUAUCUACUCCAGAACAGGAGAUAGAUCUAUCUACUCUAGAGCAGGAGAUAGAUCUAUCUACUCCAGAACAGGAGAUAGAUCUAUCUACUCUAGAGCAGGAGAUAGAUCUAUCUACUCUAGAGCAGGAGAUAGAUCUAUCUACUCCAGAACAGGAGAUAGAUCUAUCUACUCCAGAGCAGGAGAUAGAUCUAUCUACUCCAGAACAGGAGAUAGAUCUAUCUACUCCAGAACAGGAGAUAGAUCUAUCUACUCCAGAGCAGGAGAUAGAUCUAUCUACUCUAGAGCAGGAGAUAGAUCUAUCUACUCCAGAGCAGUAG